CAUGAACAACGAGUUGUGGAAGGAGGGCUCUGGUGGACUCUGAUCUUGGAACAACCUGAUCAGCUGAUGAGAACAGAUGAGCGAAUACAAAUGCAGAAACGACUUCUUGUUGCUUUUGAUUUUGACCACACAAUUGUGGAUGAUAAUACUGAUAUUGUGGUCCGUGAAAUGCUUCCACAAGAAAAAAUAUCAUCAGAAAUUAGUGAUUUGUAUAGCUCAGAUGGUUGGACAGUAUAUAUGGGAAAGAUCUUCGAACUUUUGCACCAAAAUGGCAUAACGCGUGAGGAAAUUCAGACUGCUAUUCGUGACAUACCUAUAACUCCUGGUUUUGACAAUCUUUUGAAGUUUCUUCUUGAUAAAGAUUGUGAAACAAUUGUCAUAUCAGAUUCAAACUCAGAAUUUAUAAAAGAGUGGUUAAAAGGAGCAUCUCUUGAACACACCAUUAGGUCUGUGUUCACAAAUCCUGCCAAGUAUGAUUCAGAAGGAUGUUUACAUAUAGACAUGUAUCAUGUUCAAGACUGGUGUCAGCUGAGCACAAAAAACUUGUGCAAGGGAUAUAUACUUGAAAAUUAUGUUAACAACAGAAAGGAAGAGGGAAUUGAUUUUGCAAGAACUGUGUAUAUUGGUGAUGGAAAAAAUGAUUUGUGUCCGUGUCUUAAGCUUUCUGCAAAUGACUUUGCAUUUCCUCGAAAAGGUUAUGCAUUGAUGAAGUAUAUUUAUGAACAUCCAGUAAAAGCAGCAAUCCAUCCAUGGAAUACAGGAGAAGAUAUUAUUGGUGUUAUUUCAAAAUUACUGUGAAUGUUUUUACUUAAAAAUAUUUUCGAAUUUAGAAAAUAAAUUGACUCUUUUAAAAUUUCAUGUGUGAUAGCUUCAUCUGAAGGCCCAGUAUGUAUGUGAUGAAAUUUGGUCUGUCAAAUUUAUUUUUCUUAAAUAAUUUCUUUGUAUUUUUAACUUCUAUCAUCAUUACUGUCUGUAUUUAUUUUCUCAGUCUUAUUAACUGUGAAAGACAGUAUUAAUAUUACGUGUAACAAAUGUAUGUAUUUGGAUACAUUGGCUUGAAUUUUAUAUUUUGACUUGAAUUGUCUAUUAUACAUUUAUUGGCUAUUAAAAUAAUGAUUUGAAAUGACUAUGUAAGAAAAUAAUGGAAAGAAAAGGACAACAAGUAAUUUAAAUACACGUGUUGAAUUCAGUAUUCUGGUUGUUUAAUUUCGUCGUUAUGGAGGGCGUUUCGACUAUUUGGAACUCUCCAUUUGGGAAUUUUGGACGAAUCUACAGGAUGAAAAAUAUGGGCGCUAGUGUCGUCUUUGCACAAUGUUCACCAACAUUGCACGAUAAAAAUGAGGCAUAUUUAAAGGAAAUAUUGAAACUCAAAGAUUUAUGAUAUACAGGCUUAUGUUACACGAGCGUUGCGUAACGCGCGUCACCUAACGCUGAUGGCCUCAGCUGCGUCUUUAACUGUGUACACGAGUCACUUAACGCGCGUCGUAAAUUGACACUGUACCUUAUGCAAAACGACAGAUGAGCGCUGUUGGUGACGCAUUCUUGGUAACGCGCGUCACUUACAGGGCGUCGCACCUUUAAAGCUAGAAAACGCGCGUUAUCUUGCCUCGCGUAGCUUGUGCUGCGAGUACAAUGCAUGGGUCUUCCUUGAGCUGUGGGUUCAACGCACGUCGCCAAGAGCACUCGUGUGCCGUUUGGCAUAAGAUAGUGUUAAUCUACGACAUGCAUUUAGCGACUCGUGUGCACAGGCUUCGUUUACGCAGCUGACAUCAUCGGCGUAGGCAACGCGCAUGAACGUAACGCUAGUAUGUUACAAGCCAACAGGACUGACAGCAUAGUGUACGAAUAUCAGUGCUAUCUUUUCCACUGGGAGGGACUUCUAAGUAACAAAUACUAAUGUACUUCAGCUACCGAUUACGAUCAGGUUUUCGUCCAAUUUCUCUG